AAUAGGAAAUAGAAGUUUUGACUUUAUGAUCUUACGCUGUGAAUAUUUAGGAGGUUCAGCUUGGUUCUAGAAAAUGGAUAAGAAGAUCGAGGAGGAUGACGAGUGUUAGAAGAGAAUGGAAAGUAUGUUAGUAGUUCUGUUUAAUCAGCUUUAUCAGUCGGUAUCGAUUUCGCAAAAAGGCCAGCGAAGUCCCUCCUUAACAGAAGACGUAGUAGUGAAAACUAGUGAUGCAACUAGUACAAACUAGAGAUUGCUCCACACUCUACGUCCUGGUCGAUCGACUUUUUUGUUACAAACAUUGAUGUAAUUCUACAUCAAUCGAUGAUUCGAUGCUUAAGAAGCAUAAAGAAGAAGCGUGCGUUUAAACGAACUUUUAUAAUCACGCAGAGCCAAACCAGGUAACCACCCAGUAUAUAGAAAUGCAAGAGAGUUCGGUAUCCAAUACAGUUCCUGUUCUUUCGGGGCCAACCGUCAUUACGGCACAACCACAAGGAGAAACCAAACAAGAAAGAAGACCAAUUCCUGUGAAUACAUUGAAUUGGAUAUCGACACCAAGAUCGCAGCUGACCGUGCUUUCCGGAACUCACUUCUUAUCUAAUGUGGAACAAUUGGAAAUUCAGCAGAUUGUUGACCUCAGUACAUUGCUCGGUAGAUUAAAAAAGAGAUUCCAAUACAGAGUAAAAGUACCAAAAGCUGAAACGUUAUUCCUAGCAAUGGAAACAGAAUCAAAGAAUGAAUCAAGCGGUUGGAGUUGUUCCAGAUUGACUCGCGACGAUUUUCAGUUAAAUAUUGUGGAUCAAUGCGGCGAAACCGCUUUCACCAUGGUUAUGAAUUCCAUGUGGACGUUUGCUUUGAAUAAAUCGCACACUAUGUCGGUGCUAAGCCCCAAUUUAAUUGGCACAAUAGGACAAAAUUCUCAUAUAAUAGGUUCCAGUUUUACGGCGUACGAUGCAAUAGGAAAGCGACUUUGUAAUAUAUACGGGCCAAAUAUUAGUGAUUGCUGCAUGUAUCAAGAAUCGCAGUUCCAGGUAAUCUCGAUCGAUGGCACUCAUCAAAUUGCAUCCCUUAUGCAUCAGUGGGACAAUAUUCUUCACGAUUAUAUUAUGUUAAUUACAUUUCCUUCAAAUUUGGACAUAAAACUCAAAACCUUACUCCUCGCCGCAGCAUUUCUUCUGGAAUAUCUGUACUUCAGACAACUAAGAAGAUAGCUUUAAUCGUAAAAAUAAGAUACGCAUCAACAUCAACGUAUUCGAGCAUUUUAUUUUGUACCAAUAAAAACUGUAGUAUAUUAAAACGGUCAUCAUUGACAAAUCUAUGUAAGUUUUAAAAAUUGGAGAGAUUGUUGCAAUAAGAAGGCAAUUCCAUUUUUCGAUAAUUAAUAAAUCAAUUUUAAAUCGAUCAAAAUUAAGUCACCUCUUUCAAA